UUGUACUACCUACAGGGAGGACCGGGCUGUGAGUACUGCAGAAUAACCAGCGAUGAUGUGAAUUUAGCUCUAGGCCUGACCUCCAAAAAUCAAUUUGGAACUUGUUUACCCUGGCCGUGCUUUAAACUGUUGGGUGAAGAGAACCCAGGCAUCUGUAACCACUACGUUCAAGCACCAACUGAUGUGACUGUUGAGUUUCUACCUGAUCCGGACCCCAAGUCCGAUACUAUGGUUGUCUCCUGGAAGCCAAGUCAGUACGGUAUCACCUUCUUGCGAGGCUUUCAGGUGACCCUCCAGCCCCUGGGAGGUUUCGGUGUGGCUUGUCAGCUCUUUCUUUUUCAGAAAAACCUUUCGCUUACAGCUUCACAUGCUCAGAAGGUGUACAAGUCGGACCCGUUCUCUGGUCUCGCCCUUGGAUCCGAUUUUGCCGUUACUGUUAUGGCUCUGCCGGUGCCUGAGAAGUGGGAGGACUUUUAUCGGAGCAAGAUCUUCUCCACACGCUCAUGUGCAGAGAAAAAUGGAUUUCAUCAGUGUAAAGAAGACUGGUAUCCCGAGUACAUUGAUGUUCAGCAGAGAGGAAAUGUGAUCACCAUCACCUUCAACCUAGCUCCUCCAAACUUGGGCAUCACCAGCUACUUUUCCUAUUGUUCUGCAAACGGCAAGACCAUAUACACCGAGAUGGAACCUAAUAUUUCCCAGAACCGAACACACCACAGCUUUGAGCUCAGAGACCUCAAAGAAGGAAGCAAUUACACAUGCGAGAUAGCUGCAAACGAAAUGGACGCAGUGAGGAAAUUAUUCAACUUUCAGGUCAAGCACCAAGAAGCUGCAUCAGCAUCUCCCUGCUGGACUCUGGGGUUUCCUGUAGGUUUUGGUGCUGUCUGCAUUUUUGUCGUGCUGUUGGCUAUUCUUCGUCAGGCACCCUGCAGACAAAUGAAGAAGCCUUCCAUCAAACCAGAAUUCAUUGAGCCGCUGGAAGAGGUGAAGGCCCAGGAGGAAGUGUUGAUACUUUCUGACAACCAGAAGAUUCCUCCUCGCCUUCUGGUUUGUUACAGCAGCAAUGAUGGCCCUGCCCACGUCAAUGCGGUCAUGAAGCUUGCCGCCUUCAUGCAGGAACACAUGGCCACCCAGGUAUGCCUGGACCUUUGGGAUUUUCUGGGGCUGGCCGAGGAGGGAAGCAUGUCCUGGUUCUGCCGUCGAAUCCAAGAGAGCGACUUUGUCCUGGUUGUGUGUUCCCGGGGUCUGUGCCACAAACGUGGCCCCUCAGCACAAGGCUUUUUGGACUCUGAGGUGAUGGUCGGCCUCAUCGGAGCCGAAGUGGGCCGAGCCAAAUCCAAUGGCAAGGACUUGUCCAAGUACAUGACAGCCAUUUUCAGUUAUUCCGAGGAGAAAGACAUCCCCACCGAACUGGGGCUGGUGUUCCGCUACAGGCUGCCUGCCGACUUAGUGCUGCUUUUCUCCCAACUUCACCGCAUCCGCCUUCACACGCCGGGCCGCUACAUAAAAAUAAACAACAUCUCGGAGAAAGAUUUUACCAGCUCACCUGCUGGACAGGCUUUGCUGCAAGCAAUCAAUGACUCUGAGAAGGCAAUGAAGUAAAACCAAGAUGGUGGUGUGUGAGGAGGGA